AUGAUUUUCAUCUUCCAGGUGGUGACGUUGCUGAAUGACUUGUACAUGGCAUUUGAUAGUGUUGUAGACAAUUUCAAGGUGUACAAGGUGGAGACGAUCGGUGAUGCUUAUAUGGUGGUGUCAGGUCUUCCCGAACGACAUGACCAACAUGCUUCUCAGAUUGCCCAGAUGUCCUUGGCAUUGUUGCACAAAGUCAAAAAUUUCGUUAUCAGGCAUCGCCCCAACGAGCAGCUCAAACUACGUAUCGGCAUCCAUUCCGGUUCGUGCAUUUUUACUUUGACUGUAAAUCGGCCACCGUUUGACGGAUUUUUUAUCUGUUACUUUACAACGAAUUAG